GCGUCGCAAAAAGUCGCAACGAAAGCACGCGCUACACGCAUCAAAUAGGGGGUUCGAUGGCACGACAAUGAUUCUCUGAUCGUAGCAAGGCCGGUGCAAAGGCCUCUCCAUAAUUGCAAUGUCGCCGAGUAUGGAUCCACUGAACGACAGAUUCACGAAGCCCAAUGGGUCUCAUGCUGCCAUGCACGACAAACAACCUGAUCACAACAUCAACAACACAGAAAAGCGCCCCUGUACACCGCCUGCUGCAGUCCGCCACGAGCCGCUUGACUUUUCAUCGCCUGGCUCAUCUUCAACUGGUAUCUUGAAAAGCUCUCGAUUCACGAAACGGGCCACGAGUGUGACCUUCUCUACAGAAGACGUGCAGCGCGCCUUAUUUCCGCAGGAGCACGAAGAUUGCCAAGAGAGACAAGAUCGGGACAGACCGGGUGUCAGAUUUUCAGGAUGUGUGUCGGAUAUGUUGAGUGUAUCGGCGACGGCGCUCCCACAGACUGUGGAUGAUCAUCAUGAUACCAAGGAUGCGCCGCUUCGCUGGCGGCCUCGCAGACUCUCGGUGACGAGUGAGUCGAGGCAGGACCAUACACAUGAGUCUGAUGGAGAUGCAGUCUCGUCAGAUCACAGACCCUCGCCGUCGUCUUCGCUCUUCUCGUCGCCCCGAUCAUUCAAUUCGUCGCCACUCUCGCGCUCUCAUCAUUCGCCGCGUGUAUCCUUCACAGCAGCCUUGAAUGGCGCAUCAAUAGCGUCACCGCGAAGAGUGACUCGUUUUACGGAUCUUCGAUCACCUGAGGAGAAAGCUCGCCAGGAACGUGCAAAGCUACCGCCUGCUGAUGUACGUGCCGUGUAUUCAUCCGCGACGCCAUCUCUUAGGCAAGCGAGUCGUGGCGUUGGAGCCUUGCCAGUGCAGAGAGCUAGUGGACCUUCGACCCCUUCCAAGGCACCGUUGGCUCAUGUCAGGUCAUCCCUAUUGGCGGAGCGAUCUGCGCAACCGCUGCAGGAACAUGGUUCUUUUUCAGAGGACGGUCUUGAAAGAUAUUCUGGACAUUCUACAGGAGUGGACGUGUGGCGAGGACAAGAUUCAGAGGAUGGUCAAGCAGUGAUUGCCCGGUACAGCCCUUCACCGGCGCUCAACGGACCUUUUGAUCCUUCGCAACGAGCAGACGGCUAUGCGUCGCCACCUCUGUCGCGACAGACCUCGCCAAGUAAACCUCUACUACGCCAUGCAUCGGAGAAUAAUCUUGUUGCAUUGGCCAACUCGGCUGCUUGGACAUCCGCUACAACAGGUCUCAGACAACGAGGUCAUACACGUUCUGGCAGUGGAUCGAGCCACUCCUCAUUUCGCGCAAGUCCGCGCACCCAAUUAUUGCGCACUGUGGAUGACAUGACGAGAGAAUUACAGUUCACAAGAGAAGGCAUGGUCAAGCUUGCGACACGAUUGGAUCGAUUGGAGUAUGGUGCCGCACAGCGAACAACUCAGCUAUGGGAACGCUUUGAAAAGCAGAUUGAGGGGACGUUGCUCAUGCCCGGCACGGGCGAGCCUGAGCUUCUAGAACACUUUGAGUAUGAAGGAUGGUGGCAGUGGUGGCGACUUACAAAGAUUAUGUGGGUUUUGGCUGCAUUGCUACUUGUUCUACUUCUGAUUGAGUGGUUUGCCGUGAUCGUCAUCAAUCAAUUCGGCAAACGUAUCUUAUGCUUGCCCUCAUGAAAGUGAUCAGAACGAAUCAUGGAAACAUGCAGAGAUAGGUCAUGAUGUAUUGCUUAGUGAAUUCGAUGUAUCCAUGUCUCGACAAUGGCCUUGUUCUAUUGAUGCAGUGCAAUGCAGCGAGUGAACUCCUUUGCACAAGCCUGUUCAGCACGUACUUACUU